UCGACUACCUUGUUAAUUACCGCUUCGAAGGCCGUACUACCUUCAACGCCGCCGACAAGACUAUGCUUCAACCUGGCUACCUCUAUUGAUCUGAUCCUCGAGUCUAUGCAGCAUUCAAGACAGUCGGAUACACCGAUCCACCACGAAAGCGAGGUGAAAUGAUGACCGCGUUUAAUAGGCGUCAAAAUCACCAGAAGUUGGAAGAUCGACUGUAUUUGAACAAGCAGGUCGCUGAGGGAUGUAGAGCAAAGGAUGCUUUUCUCAUGCCACGCGAUUUCAAGGCAAUCACCUGGGCUUACAACUUGAAAUCCAAAUAUCUCUGGGAUAAGGCAAACCCUAAGAAUCCUCAGGGGUUUUUGCCUCGAGGCUACAACACCAUGCAUUCUUUGAUCUGCAAGGAUUUGGAGGCGUUUAGUGCACAAUAUGGUCAUCUCUUCACAGAUUGGGCGGCUAUUAAGGCUAAGCGGAUCGAGGAGCAAAAGAAAAGACGAUCUAACCGGGAGGCAAAGCAGGCUGCUCAGAAGGCUGCUGAGGACGCCGCUAAGGGUGCUGCCCCUGCUUCGGCUUGAAUGCAUUUCAAAUUCGUUCUGCUUGUACUAUAGCCUUUCGACUAACAC